AUGCCCGGUGAGCGACCCCGUGGCGUCCAAGAAACUCCCCGCAACCCCCGCACUGUGCGCAGUGUCACCCAAUGCGUCGGAAAGUUGACGCUUGCUGCGUAUCGUGCCCAGUCCGUACUUGACUGUGCAGAUUGUGUGGUCGAAACCCAGGAUGUCCAAGAGUUCCUCACCGAGCUCCUUCCCUUUCCUGAUUAUCAGGGACGUCGGCGCAGGAUUCCCAAGCGGCCCAAGGUGAAGGCCUCUAACCACCCGUUCAGCACUCUCGAGAAAGCCGACUCGAUGUCUGAGAACAAAGUGGUUAGGCUGUUCGCAGCUGCUGUCAACAAACACAAUCUCGCCCCUGGCUUGGGCAUGGCGCGCUGCCAGAACAAACCAGACAAAGCGCCAAAGAAGAGGCGGAGGAAGGGAGAGGAACCGGCGGAGCCUCCGAAGGUCGACACGAUGCGCCAGAAGGUCGAUGCCGCGUUCUAUAGGGCCGAUCGUGUCCCGAAGGAUAGUCGUCCUCACUGGGCAGACCAGAUCGUCCCCGCUGAGUUCAAGAGUGGCAAGCGUGGCAGGGCUGCAGACCCCUUCGCGACCAAGGCAGAACACGACGAUGCCGACGAAGAACAGGCCACGGAUGUGGAUGAGCAAGACGACGAUGAACUGGACGAUGAGGCUGAAGAGCUUCCAGAGCUAGAGGAGAUGGAAGAGGAGAAGGGCGAUGAGGACGAAGAGGAUGACGAAGAUGAAGAUGAGGAGCCGGAGUCGGGUGCCGACGACAAACCCAACGUCGACGCGCAGGCCACCAAGGAGCCUGGAGCUCAGGCUACCCCUGCCAAGGACGUCUUCGGGCAGAUCACUACCUAUGUCGACCUCCUGCAAGCAGUCCAGCACCGAACCGCCGUCUUCAUGCUCCUCGUCAUUGGCCGACGCUUCCGCAUCCUCCGCUGGGAUAGGGCAGGGGUCAUAGUCACGCCUUCCGUCGACUACUACGAGGAGCCCGAUGAACUAUGCGACUUCCUGUGGCGCAUCUCCCAUGUGUCCGACACCACCCUCGGCUUUGACCCCACUGCCAUUCGUCUUUCACCCUCUGACCCCGACUGGGUCAAAAUGGAGGAGUACGCAGUAGCUCUCGAGAGCGACGUCUCCAGCGCACCACGCACUCUGCAGCCGGGCGAGCUUGAGCAGCCCGCUCCUGGUUCUGAAGAAUCUCCUGUCGUUUUCGACUACGUUCGGACGAUGUUCGCACAGUCCAUCGCGGACCGUCGGUGGCCACGCUACAGGUUGAGUGUAUGCCAGGGCUCUAACCAUCAGGAGUUCCUCGUCGGCAAGCCCACUUUCUGUGCUAGUGGGGCCAUCGGGCGGGGUACUCGUGGUUUCGUUGCCAUAGACUGCCAGACUGGUUGCUUCGUGUGGCUCAAGGAUGCCUGGAGGGUGUCUUACGAGAAAGUCGAGCCGGAAGGCUCCAUCCUUGCACGUCUUAACGCCGACCCCGAAAUCAAAGAUGUCCCGACGCUGUUGUGUCACGGAGACGUACUCUGCCAGAAGACCCUCACUGCUACUUGGUGGGAAGCGGCGAAUCCUCUGCCGUCCACCAGAAAAUCCAAGAGAUCCAAGAAUGCGAAGAACGCCAUGGAGGCUGCGCCUUCCUCCACCUCAGAUGGAUCACGUGGAGUGAAGCGCAAACGGGAGGACGAACCCGAGUCGCUCGCUACCGACUACCGUGCCGAUUGUCCCAUGCGUCAACACAACCACUACCGCGUAGUGGUCAAGGAAGUGGGUUUGCCACUCAAGAAGUUUCGGGAUGGAAUUCAGCUUGUCCACAUCCUCUUGGAUUGCCACACCACACAUGGACUAGCGGCGACGCGUCCCGGUAUCAAUAUUCUCCACCGUGAUAUAAGUGAUAGCAACAUCAUCAUUGUUCCGAAGGUUGUUCAAGCCAACUCUAAUUCCCCACGGCUCCUCAACUGGACAGGCGUACUCACAGAUUGGGAGAUGUCAAAGCCCACUGCCUCGCAUGGGGAUUUGACUCCCGCACGUCAACCUCUGCGAUCGGGCGACUGGCAAUUCAAGUCUGCGUACUUGCUGAACAACAGCGGAGGAACAACAAUCCCGGAUGAGUUGGAGUCAAUCGUCUUGAUACUUAUCUACUAUUGCGUCCGAUAUCUCGACUCGAGCAUAGAGCGUCAUAGUGCUGUGGCCACCUUUCUCGAUGAGUUUUACGAUUGUUUCACAGUACAAGACGGUGUGGUCAAGUGCGGCGAACGCAAGGCGACGUUACUCGCCCAGGGGCAGCUUGUACAUUACGAUCCGGCAGAAGGGCUCAUUCCAAUCUGCUUCAACGCCUUCCCAUUGGAUUACCUCAUCGCCCAAUGUCUCAGACGCUUCUCCGCACGUUACAAGAUCCUGCGCCAUCAAGCCUGGACCAAACGCCACACCCAUACGACUCCCAGUGUUCCGCCGGUGCCCCGCGCAUCCGGUGACGACUCUAUUCGCUCCUACUUCCUCAACAAGCACAGGACGGCUAACGACGAGUUCAAACAAGCUCGAUACGAGGCAGUGCCUGACCCUCCAACCGUUUCGUCUACAGCUCUUGCAAGCAGAGAGCCUCCCAAGCCAACUCAAGAAGACGAGAAAAUGGCCAUGGACAUUGAAGACCACGAAUGGUUUAGGUGGAUCGUCUAUCAAUGCUUGACGUUUCCUGGCUGGGAGAAGCUGCGGAAGGUCAAGGACCGUGUUCCCAAGAACUGGGAAUCUCCACACUCUCCGAUACCACGCGAAUUGUUCUCGGCAAGGUCAGGUCACAGCCGUUGA